GAAGAAGGUUGUUGCGACAGAAGUAAACAAUUGACGGUAGCUGUAAACUGUUUUCCACCGUGGACGUCACGAACGUCAGCAUCAGUUUACCGCAACAAUUGGACGUAUUUGGAACCUGGCUCCGUGAGCAUUUGGCCAUGAUAGCAGUGGCCAUGAGCGCAACAUGCCCGGGCUUGUACUGUGGCAGGAUCAUGUUCAAUGGGUCUGUAGAGAGAGACUGUGGUGUUUGUCCUCGUGGAGAGCGGGCCAACCUCCAGAAGGUGUGUGAACGCUGUACUGAGUUCCCUGAGCUUUAUGAUUGGCUCUAUCUGGGCUUUAUGGCCAUGCUACCUCUUGUAUUGCACUGGUUCUUCAUCGAGUGGUAUUCGGGAAAGAAAAGUUCCAGUGCUCUCCUGCAGCACAUCACAGCCAUGUUGGAGUGCAGUGUGUCUGCUGUGGCCACAUUGCUGGUUACAGAGCCCGUUGGGAUGCUCAGUAUCCACUCCUGUCGAGUCCAGAUGCUCUCAGAUUGGUACACCAUGCUUUAUAAUCCCAGUCCAGACUACGUCAACACUUUACACUGCACCCAGGAGGCUGUCUAUCCACUAUAUACAAUCGUGUUAAUCUAUUAUGCCUUCUGCUUGGUGCUGAUGAUGCUGCUGCGCCCUCUGCUGGUUAAAAAGAUAGCAUGUGGUCUGGGCAAAUCGGACCGAUUCAAGAGCAUCUAUGCUGCGCUGUACUUCUUCCCCAUCCUCACGGUGCUUCAGGCUGUUGGGGGGGGACUGCUCUAUUAUGCGUUUCCCUACAUCAUACUGGUCCUGUCUCUGGUCACUCUGGCCGUGUACAUGUCCGCCUCGGAAAUACAGUCCUUUAAGAACCUGGUUGCCAAGAAGAAACGCCUGGUUGUCCUGUUCAGCCACUGGUUGCUGCAUGCUUAUGGCAUCAUCUCCAUCUCGCGCCUGGACAAGCUGGAGCAGGACCUGCCCCUGCUGGCCCUGGUGCCUGGGCCCGCCUUGUUCUACAUCGCAACAGCUAAAUUCACAGAACCGAGCCGGAUCCUGUCGGAGGGCGGCAAUGGACACUGACCUUCCAAGUGACAGCGAUACACAAUCGGAUGUGUGUUACACCCCCUUUUAGUCCACCGUGUCGUAUUGUUGCUGUUGUUGUUCCACAUUUGUAAAAGUGAUCCAGAUCAAAAUUGUCAGAUUUGUACUUCUCAACCCCGAACCCCUGACGUCACUUCCUGUCCGUCAGCCAUUCAACUCCCCUAGCGCUGGAACACAUUUACUGCAACACGCAUGAGCACGAGGCUUAUUUAUGUCUUUAUUCGUAAACAAGCUGGAUGCUCACUAGGGCUGCACCAUUCUGGAAAAAAUGUGACUCACGAUUGAAAUUGUGAUUGUCUGGGAUGAUUUUUUUCCCCAAACACCACAUUCAGGGCCAUGUGCUUACAUUCUGAGGAAAUCACACACGCACUCACGUGCAAAAUGUGUUUGAUUUCAGGAGUUUCGUUAUGAUGAGGAACUAGUUGCAGUUAAUUUUUUUUGUUAGAGUGUGAACUAGUGGUUUACAAUAGGGUUUUGGUUAGCGAUUAUCUGUUUACUGUUAACACUAAAAUUAUAGUGGAACCUCGGCUAGUGUACGCCCCGUUUAGCGUGGCUUUCGGUGAAAAAUUUCUAGGUCAGUGUACAAUAUGACGCACGUCUUGUGUUAUUAAUACACUGCCUGAGUCCAACUGUGUUCUUAAUGUAUUUUUAAUCACAAAACGUCCUUGUUAGCAGCCUUUUCACUUGCUAAUGCAUGACAACAGGAACCGGAAGCCAGCUUCAUGAUGUAAUCAGCGGGUGACUCUGUAGUUCUUUGCUAACAAACGCAGUUAUGCCACAAGUUUUUUUUUCUUUUGAUCACGGCUGCAAAAUAAGCCACGGAACCAAAGAAAGUCUCAAGAGCCAGCAUUUUCAUUAAGCUCACAUUUUGUCUUCUAUUUUUUUUUUGUGCAGCCCUAAUUCUUAAAAGUCGUGCAUGUAUUUGCUGCUCUUUAAAGGAAAAUUGCACUUUUUGGGGAGGGGGGGGGGGGGGGGAAUUUUGCUCAUCCACAAUCCUUAUGUGAAACAUGGAACACAUUUCUUCCCUUUUCUGUGCGUUCUAACGCGAGAAAACGAGUUAGCAUGAGCCAGCAAACGUUGCUUGUCAUGGGAGGUAUCUCUUUCGACGGUGAAGCACUUACAAUGUCCGCUCUCAUUGGGAUGGCUGUGUCUCCCAGCACAAGACUUGUGCGCCAGGUAAAAAAUGCUGACGGCAAACGAGCAUCUUGAGUUUUCGUCGCGAAAUUGAGAGCCAGUAGUAUCCACUCUUACGUCUGUCCCGUUGCAGUGGCUUGAGGCGUAACUCCGCCAGAUAGUUUUUCAUCUCAGCUGCUACAAUAACAAUAUCUCUGUAGUUUAUGUAAACUGAACACCAUUGGCGUUUAUUGAGGGCUUUAUCAAAAUAGGUACCUCCCAUGACAUGCAAUGUUUGCUGGCUCAUGUGAACUCAUGUGUUCAUGCUUCACAUAAAGAUUGUGAAUGAUGCCACAACCCCCCCUCCCCCGUGCAGCUUUCCUUUAAGGCUCCAAGAGUUUGAGUACUUCUUGCUGUUUAAAUGAACCACAGCAAAAACUCAUGUACAGAACAGUCGCUGAUAUGGUGUGCCCAUAUUUGGAUUCAUAUGGACGCAAAAAAAUGUAUAGGAUGUAAAUAUUUGUAUCUACUUCUACUGGAUCCAGAUGGAUAUAAGACUAGUACUGUACAUAGGAAAGCUGAACCAAGGUGCUAGGUUAAUAUGUGAAUUAAUCAAGUGAGAUCUGUGUGAUGGUCAUUAAAAAUGCCAUCUGGACUUUCAGUGCCUGAUUUGUAAAUGAGGAAGUGUGCUUUUCUGUAUUUAACAUACUCUGUGAUUAUUGUGCAAGUAAGUGCGUUAGUCCCUUUUGAUGUACAACACUGCUGAUGGGGGUGUCAUACAAAUUCAUGUCAAAAACCCAAACUAUCGCUUUUAAAGAUGUAUAACCUGACUGAUUUUGUGCUGCGACUGCUACUCGUGUAAGUUGAACAGAAUGGGAGUCUCCAAACGAAGUAUCACUUCCAUGUGGAUGUAGCCAACUAAGUACACUCCUGAUCAAAAUUUUAAGACCGGUUGAAAAUUUUUAAAAGAAUUUACAUUUUGCACUGUUGGAUCAUAAGGAGGUUCUACUUGGAGCUUCAAAAUGCGAAAACAUCCAUCCAUCCAUUUUCUAUACCGCUUCUUCCUCAUUAGGGUCGCGGGGGCAUGCUGGAGCCUGUCCCAGCUGACUUCGGGCGACAGGCGGGGUACACCCUGGACUGGUCGCCAGCCAAUGGCAGGGCACAUAUAGACAAACAACCAUUCACACUCACAUUCAUACCUAUGGACAAUUUAGAGUCUCCAAUUAACCUAACCUGCAUGUUUUUGGAAUGUGGGAGGAAGCCGGAGUACCCGGAGAAAACCCACGCGCACACGGGGAGAACAUGCAAACUCCACACAGAAAUGCCCAGGGGAGAAUCGAACCCAGGUCUUCCCGAUCUCCAAGCUGUUACUGUGUUGGCCAACGUGCUAACCACUAAACCACCGUGCGGCCCAAUGCGAAAACAAUGGGACACAAAAACUUUAACAAGCAUUAAAGUGAAAUAGGCUGAUCAAAAGUUUAAGACCAUAGCUCAAGAGGCCAUUCUUCUUAAAUUAACUCAGUAAUUGAAUGUUGCUCCAGGUGGUGAAGAUGGCUUCACGGAGGGCAUCCACUGUCUGGAAUUGAUGUCCAUUUUUGUAAGCUUCUCUUGCCAUCCAUCCCCAAAUGUUCUCAUUUGGAUUUAGAACAGAGAAACACGCAGGAUGGUCCAAGUGAGUGACGUUAUUCCUCUUGAAGUCCUUUGUCAGGUGGGCAUUGUGAAGUGCAGUGUUGUCCUGUUGAAAAAGCCAGUCAUUACCACACAGACGAGGGCCUUCAGUCAUGAGGGAUGCCCCCUGCAACACAUAGCCAGCUGCCGUUUGACGCACCUGCACAACCUAAAGCUCCAUUGUUCCACUGAAGGAUCAUGAUGGCUCCCCCGGAAGACGGAAAACGACAUCCAGUCCACAUUCUUGCCAAGAUUUAGCCUUUUUAAAGGCUAUGGUCUUAAACGUUUGAUCAGCUGAUGAACAGCCUAUUUCACUUUAAUGCUUACUCGAAAAAUGUUUGGUCUCACUCCCAUUUCUUCUUUUUGCAUUUUGAAGCUCUACUCAAGAGUCCAACAGUGCAAAACAUAAAUUCCUGCAAUUUUUCAACUGGUCUUAACAUUUUGGUCAGGAGUGCUUAUUCAUUCACACAGCAUUCUAGUUGUCAACGCUUUGCAAGAAUUAAGAGAUUUUCAAUAAGGCAUCUAUUGCUAUUGAUCUAUUCCAUAAGGCUCUAUAGCGCCAAAGAAGUCAGGCAUGGUAGGGAUUUUGUUUCUGAAACAUUCUAUUUAAUGGUUUGAAUGCAAAAAAAGUGUGCAACCUCAAGUACACAGUGUACUUAUUGAAAUGUACUGAAGUAUUCAAUUGGAGACACGGCAUGAGAUUCAUUGGGGGCAUCCUUAAGAAUCACAGUCCUCACAUAUGCAACUUACAUAUUAAACUGUUUUAGCUUAUUAAAAAAAUAAAAUCAGCAAAGAUGA